AUGGCAAAACUUCUUUCUCUUGUGUGUUUGUUGGUGUUCUUUGCUGGUGUUGCUCUUGCUGGCUCUGCCGAUGACGAUUUGAAGCAAGUUACUGAUAAAGUUUAUUUUGAUAUGCAAAUCGGUGAUAAACCUGCAGGUCGGAUUGUAUUUGGAUUGUUUGGAAAGACUGUUCCAAAGACUGCUGAAAAUUUCAAACAACUAGCAACUCACGCUAAAGGUUUUGGCUACAAGGGAUCAGGUAUUCAUAGAAUCAUUUCUAACUUUGUGAUUCAAGGAGGUGAUUUCACUCAUCAUAAUGGUAUGGGUGGCAAGUCCAUUUACGGAGAUCGAUUUGAAGAUGAAAACUUUAAGAUCAACCACUUUGUUGGAUGUCUCUCAAUGGCUAAUGCUGGAAGGGAUACCAAUGGCUCUCAAUUCUUCAUUACUUUGGGUCCUACUCCAUGGUUGGAUGGUAGACAUGUUGUGUUCGGAAAAGUUUUGGAAGGAAUGGAUGUUGUGAGAAAGAUUGAAAUGGUCAAGACACACGGUCAUGACAAGCCUGUAACACCUGUUACGAUUAUUGAUUGUGGAUUGUGGACUGAUGAUAUGGCCGAUAAUUAG